UGAACCAGAGAGGGGGUGAGAGAGGGAGCCCGCAGUCCGGGUGCUUGCUUGCUCACUCGCUCGCUCCCUGCCCCUGCCCGGGCUUGAGCUGCCGCGGGCGGGGAGAGGAGCGCCGGGCCGGCCGGGCCGAAUCGGGGGCGCGGAGCCCGCCGGGCCAGCUGGGAAGCGGAGCGGAGAGGGCGCGGAGCCGGCUGGGGAGCCACCAAGGGCACAGAGACCUCUGAGGAGCGGAGAGAGCGUAGAACUGGUUGGGGAGAGGUCAGAGGCUGGAAAGCCGAGAAGGGCUCGGAGCCGGCCGGGGAGCACAGCGCUCCCCGGGAUAGGGACGGGGAGUGAACUUGACCGGACGAGUGGACCCUGGGAGAAGUGAGACCACCCAGAGGCAGCUCCCACUAGGGAAUGGUGUAUUAAAAGAGGAGGAAACAUGCUGUCUGUCACCCCAGUGCUCCUCUCCGUCCUGUUCUUGGCUCUUGGGCAUGGACUGGUCCCAGAAGGCUGCCCCAGACUGGAUUUUCCAGAUGAUAUGGUGAUCCAGGUGGUUGGUGCCUCCAUCACGCUGAGCUGCGUGGACAGGGUAUCGGAGAAUAAUGCUUCUAUUCACUGGAAACUGGGAGAUAAGCCCAUAGCUCCCCAGCUUGGCCGAAGGGAAGUGGUGGAAGGAAAGCUGGUGCUGAGGUCAGUGCAGCACAGUGACUCGGGAAACUACUCCUGCUACCUGGAUGGUCACAGAUUGAGGACCCUGUUUCUGCUACUGGUUGAUCCUCUUGAAGAACCUGUGUUCUCGUGCCAUCGGAAGAGUUUCUUUAGCAGCAUCCAGUGUGAAUGGAGCCCCCUGAAAAAACCCUCCCCACACACUAAGGCCAUCUUGUUGGUGAAACAGGCCAAUCAAAAAGACAAGAUUUUUCAGAGGCCGUGUCACUACUUGCCUGGACUACAGAAGUUCUCCUGCUCCUUGAAUCUUAAGGAAGGCGAUGACUCCCCCUACUUGGCUAUCAUAUGUGUUACCAAUGGGGCUGUGAGGAAGUCUAGCAAAAUCCACCAGCUUGGGGGUUAUGAAACCUUGCAACCAGAUCCUCCAGCUGACAUCACAGUCACAGCCAUAGACAGAAGCCCCCAUAAGCUUAAAGUCACCUGGAAAGAUCCACCUUCCUGGAACUCCACUUUCUACCGGCUCCAAUUUGAGCUUCGUUAUUGGGCUGAGAACUCCACAACUUAUACAACCGUCAAGGAGAAGCAUCAUCAGUUGAUUAUCAGUGAUGCCUUGAUCGGCACAAAGCAUACUGUGCAGAUUCGGGCCCUGGAGGAGUUUAACAAUGGCAGAUGGAGUGAAUGGAGCAAGGAGAUCACGGGCACCCCGUGGACAGAAACCAAGACCUUUGAAGUUGGGAGAAAAUUAGUCAUCUCUACACAGGUGCCUACUACCUCAAAUAACUACAGUACGAAACACUCCCCAGAAGACCCUGAAAGCAUCUCUAACACUCAGCCAGUUCCUGGCUCUACUCAUUUAUCCUACACAUUCCUACUAUCUGGUGGAAGUCUGGUCUUGGGAAUGGCUCUAUUCAUUGCAAUUAUCAUGAGGUACAGAAAAAAGUCGAAGCUGACAACUUUGAAAGAAGGAAAGCCAAACAUGCUCCCUCCACAUUCUUUGGAUCAGGUCCCUGAGAAGCCCCAAUCAACCACGGUUUUGGUUCCCCUCAUCUCUCCAUCUGUGUCUGCCAGUAGCUCUGAGCCUACCAAUAACAUCCCAGGGCCCAGCGGAAAAGACAUUGCGAACACCCAGAGUCUUUAUGACAUAACCAACAGAGAUUACUUUUUCCCAAGGUAGACCCCAAAUUUCAUGGAGCAUUUGGGCUUCAGGUAGGCUAAACGCGAAGAAGUUUAGCCAUGGCUUGAAGAAGACUGAGUGGACUCCCAAGAAAGAAGCUUCUCAAUGUCAUUUCAGUCUACCUGCUGAUGGGCUGGUGCUUUUCCUGACUCAUUGCUCCAUUGGAAAAGCUGCCCUGGACCCCCUCAGAGAACCAGAAUGCUUUUUAGGUCCAAGAAGAGCUUCCUGCAGUGAGGAGACAGUCGGCUGGGAGCAAAUGGACUGAUUUUCACCAAGCAAGAUGGAGAGGUGGGUGGGUUUCAAAACCACCAAGUCUCAUGAUACUCUGAGGAACUGGACUGGUAAAUUACUCCAGAGAAAGCACCCUUACACACAGACAGCUAUGUUCCUCCCACAGGACAUAUAGGAGAAUGGGGUUUAGGGACUAUCUUGUUCCUAAAAUCAACAGGACCAAAUGGAGAGAAAUUAUUGGUGUUUUGGAUUCAAUCACCAACACUGCCAUGACCUCAAGGCCUAUCCCUCUGCUCAUUUGGACAUGACAAUUUCUAGCACUUUCACUACCUUGUCACUUCCUAUGGGCAAGUUUACUUGCCUAAUACACACUUUUCACCGUCCUACCAAGAUUCUUGGAUAUCUAGAAGAGUUAUUGAAGAAAUUUAGCUCUUUGAGCCCUAUGGCCCUCUUUCAGUCUUUUUCUUGCUGUGUUGUUGUUUUGUCUUUUAUUUUUCCAUCCCAGUAAACGGUUGAGAAUGAGGACAUGGUGCUACCUCUUAGGACAAAAUUUUAAAAUAAUACCCUUCCCCACCUCAACACACACACACACAUAAACACACACACACACGAAGAGAGACAGACAGACAGAGGAGAGAGACAGAAGAGACAGAGACAGAGAAUCCCCCAACCAAAGAUUAUUUUAAUUAGUGUUUGAUCAAAAUAUUUUAUCAUGUGCCAAUUGCUUCAUCCCUAUUUUUACUACAUGUAUAUAUGUAUACAAACAUACACUAUAUAUAAAACAAAUCUAUUAAGUAUUUGAAAGGCUUGCCUCGCCCUUUCUCUAGCUCAACACUGUCAUUUUACAGAGGAGGAAAUUGAGACCCAAAGACUUGGUCCUACAACUCUUUGGUUGACAGUGUUCCACACUCCUCUCCCCUAUACAAGGAACUGAUACUAUCUUUUUUCCCCUUGAUGGCAGCUAAGAUGUGGUAGUAUCCUUUCCUAAUCUAGUUAAGGCCAGCCUAGGAGAUGAUUCCCUUUCACAUGAACCACGAAAUCUCAUUUUUAUUAUAGAUUUAUGGGUUUUUGGUUGUUGUUUUGAAUUGAAGUUAAGUAAGCUGGGAAAACAAUAUUUAUGUGAAUAGGGAUGUGAAAACAGAAGAGCAAGCAAGAAUAUACUUUGUAUUAGUUUUUUUUUUUUUAAAGCAUGUCAGCUUUUCUUCUUUUUUUUGAGAGGAAGAACAUUUGAUAUUAGAAUAGGAUCUGUGUAUAAAUAACUCAGGUUAAAAGCAGAGUAACUUUGUGUAACUGAGCCAAGUGAAAAAGAGGAAGAAGGAAGAAAACAUUUUUCCUCUUUCUCAUAUGUUCUCCCCUCUCCCAAGAGGAAGGAUUCUAGUAUUUUAUUUUUUUAUGAAUUUGCUUAAAAACAUAAAUAAAUCCCUCUUCUCCUUUGCCCUAAAAUGACCCAUUAGAAUUAGAUCAUAGAAUCUUCAAGUUGAGAGGGACUUAAGAGGGUCAUCGAGUUCAAUUUGUGUCAUUACACAAAUGAGGAAACCUAAGAUCAUGAAAUUUGUUAGUGGUAUAGCAGAAAUUCAGACAAAAGGUCUCUUGAGUUCUAAUUCCAUCAUCUUUUUUAUUCUUUGCUACACCUUUAUCUUGAAAAUGAUAAAAGAAAUGAUAAGUAUAUUUCUCUGGUAAAUAAUGUUAUAAAAUAUAACACAAUUACUAAGAACAAUCAAUGGAAAAACACCUCGUCACUUAGAAUGAUUAGAAUUCUUUGGGCCAAGAAAGACUCAUAGGAAACUGUUACUUUUGGGGGGCCUCCUUCCCCCACCUUUUUAAUUCGUCAUUAGUUCUCUCUCCGGUGUUCCAUAUUUUCCAGCUCACCUUCUUCCCACCCCAGGCUACCCUCAUUCAAAAGGGCAGAUUUUAAAAAAAACCAAAAAGAAUCAUCAUUUUGCUAUUUGCUUGUAACACUUUAUUGCUAUUGGCACCGGAUAAGUGAGUAAGUUAGCAAGAAUGUUAGCCUAUAGGACUAAGAGAUCUGGGUAGUCUGGGGGGCUAGUUAACUACAAUGUAUUAAUCAAAUCACUUUAACUCUUUGAGCUUCAGUUACACAUCUGCAAAAUGGGUCUGUAAAUGGGAAUUGGACAAAGCAUUGUUGUUUCCAAGGUCCCUUCCAGCUCUUAAGUUUUGUGAUGCCCUAGGUUUAUUUGCAAAGCUGGCUUAAACUGUGAAGUUCUGAAAGCCUAUUAUAGGCCAGGCAGUGAAUCUCUAUUCAUAAGAGCAUCAAGCAAGUUUUUAAGAGUGGUUGGUUGGUGGGUUUUUUUUUUUAAUGUUAUCUGAAGUUUCAUAAAGGUUUCUGGAACCUGAGCACAGCAGAAAUAGCGUUCAGAGGAAACUUCAAAAUAAGCAUCUGUCUCACAAAGUAUCGUUCUGUGCCUUGUAGUUCUUAAAGUAUUUGAAAGGGUUUUUUUUUUUCUUUUUGCCCACAUACAAGCUUAACAAACUCAAGCUGAGCCAAGUUAGACUAAGAUGUGAAAUUCAGAUAAUUCAUUAUCUCUGAGAGCCAGCAAGCUUUGAUCUCAAAAUGAUGAUUGCUUUCAGGAUUACUGUAACCCUGGAGGUUUGUUUUUUGUUAUUUUUUUUUAGCUAACCAAAGAGCACUCCCCAACCACCUGCUUUCUGUCUUUGUCUCGCUGUCUCUCAAUAAGCAAGGAUAAGUGAAGUAUAUGUCUGAACCUUCUUUUUUGAGUCCUGUCUCUUCCCCCAAAAAGUACUACUCCAAAUUGUCUUGAGAUGGCAAGUUCCCCAUCACUGCAGGAGCUCAAGAAGAAACUGGGUGACCAUUUACUGGGGAUCACACAAGAGAGUUCUUGCUUCAGAUUGGGAUUUGGCUUAGAUGAGUUUUAAGGUCCCUUGUAACUCUGCAAAUGUAUGAACCAUAAGCUAGACUAAGAUUCUUCAUCUUGGCUCUUGAUUUUAAUCUAAGGGAUGCAUUUUGACCAGAAUUUGAGCUUUGUUUGUUGGCCUUCAUCCGCGAUGAUGGUGCUAGUAACCCAACAUCAACAGAAACCCCUGUCUGUAGUACAACGUACUCAGAUUUUUGUGUAGCCCUGAGACUUCUUGGAAUGAGAAACACCAAAGGAUGUGCCUUGAUCAAUGCUGGGCCCACAGAGCCACUGGUAAAUCCUCAGACAACUCUUUGCUCUAAAGUACAGCGAUGGAUUUGUGGGUCCGUUUGCCCCGGACAAGUUGUCAGAUGCCUCCUGAAGGAGACUGAAAAAUUGUGUGUCUGAUGACAAGUACUAGCAGGGUAGGAAGGAGAAACUCCUGGGGAAGAGAGUCAUGGCCUGAAACAGAAUCCAAGCAAGGAUAAAACAACAGUUGGGGCCAAGUAAGUACAGGAUUUCUUCGCUGUGCCCAAUUUCAGGGAGCCUGUGGAAGAGCUGAGAUUCACACUUGGAGUGGCAGAGAGAGGGAAUGAGAGGGAAAAUUUUUUGACUCAGCCUGGCUUUCCUAACCUUUGGCCUUUUCUGGGGCGAAUGACCCAUUCCCCACCUCUGCUUUGCAUCGACAUGUCUACUCCAAUAAUCCUUUGGGGCACCAAUGCUCAUACUGCAUUUCACCAACUGCCAAUUAAUUCCAAAUUUACUUUUACAUAUUGGAAAAUCUGGACCACCACAGCCGGAGCAUGGAUUGUGGGCAGGACCAAUUGCUAUGGUAAUGCCCUUCAUAAGUUAUGGCUGAGGGCAUCUCCCAUUCUAUGAAGAGAAGUGCCAUGGUUUCUGAAUUCCUCAGUAAGCAAACUUUCCAGAACCUCAUGCUCUUCCUCUUUCACACUAAGCCAUGGCCUGGGUCUGUUUCCUGACCCAAAGCCAUGCUUCAUGUGGGUACAGGAUUCCAGAGAUAAUCUGAAGACAUUUUACUUUGGAGAAAUGGUGAAAACUAAUAGUGGUGAUUUUGAGCAAGAACAUGGCACCCUGGAUUUCUACUCAGGUCAAUGACCAAAAUGGGGGGUUUCUGGAAAUUUGUAGCAGUUUCUGGAGCAGGUGGGGUGGAAAGUUUGGGGGGCUGCAGAGAGCCCUGAACAUAGCGCUCAGAGCAGAUGUCUAUUCUAAUUAGCUAAUGUCAAUCUUUGCAUCACAUUCUGGGAGCCAGCCAGCCAGAGUUUCUAUGGUAACAUUAACAUUAAUUAAGGGGCAUUCUCAGUUUAAUGAAUGUUGCAAUGCUCAAGCUAAGAUGCCACUAGAAAAAUGAGCCUGCUCCUCAUUGGAGAAUUCUAGAAGGUGUCAAAGUUACCUAUGCUACAGAAUUUACCUGGAUGUAAAUCACUGGCUUGUUUUUGUUUUGUUUUGUUUUGCAAAAUACCUCAAUCUUAUGAUUUUUUUGUGAACAGAAUAUUUUUCAACUGUCUAGCAUUUACCAAAAAUUAAUAUCUGUAUCAAUAAGAAAUCUUUUCUAUCUGCUGUUUUUAUUUUCAUAUAAAGAAAAUAUUUAAAUGUUUGCAAUAAACACAUUUUAAAAACUU